CAGGGGGACAUCUCCGCAGUCUCCGUGGUCCGGUACUCCGACGUGGUCCCCAGGACCGACCAGGAGGAGAUGUCGCACAGCGUCUGCUUCGCCUUCUGCCGCGGCGUGCCGGACAUGGCGUUCUUCGGCAUCAAGAACGGCAGGGACUGCUACUGCGCGCCGUUCUACAAGGAGAUGGCCGGCGACAGCUCCAUAUGCGACGCCGUGUGCCCCGGCGAGCCGUCGCUGCUGUGCGGCGGGAAGAGCAAGAGCAGCAUCUUCUCGAUGCACUCGUGCGCAACGACCGGCAAGGAGCUGACCACCGCGGCGGGGAAGGCGGCGUCCUUGGCGAGCGCCCUCGGCGAGCUCAGCGGCAAGGUGGCGGCGGCCGGCGACGUCAUGGAGGCGAUGGGUGCCAAGCUGAAGGCCUCCUUCAGUGAGACCGGCGACGCCGCGGCCGCGGAGCUGAUGCAAAGCGCGAAGGUCUUCGCGGGCGAGCUCCUGGCCGCCGCCGCCGCCGGCGACAAGCUCAAGGACUACUUCUUCUGCUGUCAUCAGCGCCGCCGUCUACCCUGGCCGAGAGGGUGUUCGCGGUUUUUGUCGACAAGGCGUACGUCAACAUGUCGACCAGCUGUGGCGGCACCUCGCUCUCGAAGCCGCUGCUCGGCAGCUACGAGAG